UAAGAUGGCAGCGACCUGGCGAGCCGCAGCGCUGGAGCAGGCCGAGCUCGUAUCGGAUCGUCUCCGGCGGCUCGCGUCGUCCGGGCUGCAUUUCCUCCACAGUGAGUUCGGGCUGGACCUGGGCGUGAACCCGGAGCUCUGGCCGUCGUGGGUGAUCCUGACCGCGACGCUGAUCGGGCUCCUGGUUGCGGUGUGGUGGGUCGUGGCCUGCGGCGGAGCUGCGAGGAGAAAACGGGGAACCGGUACGAAGGAAAGCAGCGUUAACGUCAACGUUACCGUAGCCGCUACUACCGCGACGGAUAGCGGCAAGACCCCGCCGGCGAAGACGGUCAAAACUGAAGAACCGAAGAAAAAGAGCAAGAAGAAAGCGGGCGAAAAGAAGACCCAGCCAAAUGGCAAGACGGCCCCUGAGCCUCGAGAAGAAAUCAAAGUCACUCAGGAGGUCCCUAAACAGGCACCGGUAGUAGCAGCAGCACCAGCACCACCACCACCAACAGAACCACCUGCUGACAAAGUUGAUAAGGCCAAGAAAAGUAAGAAGAAAACAAAACCGGAGGUAAAGCAAAGCCAAAGUGUUUCUACCACAGAUGGAAAGGAGCCUGAUGAAGGUGCUUGGGAAACCAAGGUCAGUAACCGCGAGAAGCGUCAGCAGCGCAGGAAGGACAAGGGCCCUGGUGACGACUCGGGAAGCCCUGGAGGUGGCAGUCAUGUUGGCCAGCUGACGGAACAGCCUGUGGUUUCAGCCCCUGCAAACACCAAAAAGAACAAAGAAUCAUUGAAUUCAAAGGCUGAAAAGGCUGACAAGACUGAGAAGGCUGAGAAGCGUGUAGACAUGAAUGCAGCAGCACCACCCAGCUGGAAUCCUGUGAACAGUGGAGGUUGGACUGAAAAGCUUCCACCUCAAGUAAGUGCUUCAGACAGUAAGAAGUGGUCUGUUGGCGUGAAAACGUCUGGACACAGGAACUCCGAACCCUUGGCCUGGGGACAAGAAUCAGAAGUAGGGUCGUGGACUAACAUGGAGGGAAGAAUUAAGACAGAACUGAACACAGUGAACUUCUCCAUGCUUGGAUUAAACUCAUCUGCUGGAGAUCCUGUGGUUCAGUCUUCUGCUGACUUGGGGAAAUGGGAAGCUGUCCGUGCUGUUGACCUUGAGUGGUCUGGAUUCAAUGGUCUUGGAGCUGCGGAUCCAAGUUCAGACUGGAAUGCUCCAACUGAGGUGUGGGGGAACUAUGAGGAGCCGAAAGCUGAGACACCUGCUGCUCAACAAACACCUGUUUCUCAGCCGCCAAAGUUGCAGGAUUCUGAAGAUGAAAAGGAGAAAGGAGAUCCUUCUGGAAGUGGCAAGUCCAAGAGAAAGAAGAAAAAGAAGAAGAAACCAGAGGAUGAAAAUGCUGUCUCCCAGGUGAAUGCCGAGGGUAGACCUGCACCUGCAGAGAGCAGCGCUGUCAAGCCCCGUCCUCACGUUCCACAGGAGGAACCAGCCAAGCAGAAUGUUAUGCCACCUGCCAGUCAGAAGAAAGCUGACCAGAAUUGGGAACAACCGAAGCAAGUUCAAAAGAAAAAGGCCAGAAGAGAAACAUGAACAACCAUGAUAUGCAAAAGAAUUGACAAAAGAUGUUUAUGCAAUAAUUUCAGAGUACAGAAUUUUAUACUGAAGAUAUUUGCUGUAUGAAUCGAAAUCCCAAAAAAAGCAUAAACACUGAGUUAGACCAGCUCAGUCAAAAAAAAGUUAAAAAAAAAGAAAA